ACUUCAGCAAUGGAUUAGUUUGAGUUUAGCGCAAACUUGGUAAACAGUAACACCAGAAAAGAAACAAGAAAAAUCAUAAAAAAAAAGUAGGUGAAAAAUUGUUAAAUAAGAAAAAAAAUUGUCAUAGCAAAAAAAAAAAGGCUAGUGAGCUCUAGUUUAAGUUUGGUUCAUUUGAGUUUAUAUCAGUUUGGCUUGGAUCUAUCCUGUGAGAGGAUGGUUGAUUCGGGAAAAUAUGAGGGGCAUUUAGUUUUAAAUAUUCAUGGGGUUUUGCAUGAAAUCUUAGUGGCGGUGGCUGAUAUUUGUCUUCAUGAUAGAUUAGCCCACUUGACAAUUGAGCCGCACAUUUCCCCGCCAUUCUCACUGUCAGAAACCCCUUUCAACACUCUAAUCUAACACGACGCCGUCUUCCCCUUCCCUCUCGUUUGAGCCAGACCCCAGAACAAAUUCUGGCAUCAAAACGCUAUAACCCGACCUCCCCAAUUCAGCACUGCCAAUCGUACAAAUCGGAGUUUACUUCGACGACUAUUAGAAAUCAAGAGCAUUGCCAGCUGAGCUCCAGAGACUUCUAAAUAUGAACAAAGAACUCGAUGAGAGAUCCCAUUUUGGGUGAAGAGGCUUCGACUUGUGUUAUCAAUAUUAUAUUUAUGUUGCACAGAUGAUUAAAUAGAUCUUGUUUCAAGUCAGGUAGGUAUGACACAACAAAAUGUUGACACCUCUACUGCAAAAUGUGACUAAAGUGUGCUUUUGCGGGCAUUGGAGGUUGAGUUUUAGUGGGUUUAGUAACACUGCAAUUACAAGAAUUAUGUUUCUUAAGCCCACUUCUCUUCGUUUGUCUCUUUCAUAUCCUUUCUCUUAUUGUAAAUUCCAACCAAAUAACAAAAUCUCCCAACAUAAGUUUCGCCAGUGCUUUUGUGGAAAUUGGAGGAGAUUGAGUGUUAGUGGGUUCAGUAACACUGCAAUUUGUCAUUCAAUUGAUGAGUUUGAUGUCCAAGAAAGUGAGUGGAAUCUCAAGGGAUUUCAGGUCCUCCAGUUGAUGGAAAAGCGUGGAAUUAUUGCGAAUUGUCAGACGUUUAUUUUUCUUUUGGAUGGUUGUUUGAAUUCUGGGUCUUUUAUUGAAGCUAAAAAGAUUCAAGGAAGGAUUAUAAAGUUGGGUUUUGAUGGAGAGCAAGUGUUGUGGGAUAAACUUCUUGAUGUUUAUGUACAAAGUGGUGAUUUAGAUGGUGCAAUCAAGGUUCUUGAUGAUAUGCCUAUUACAAGUGUGUUUUCUUGGAACAAGUUAAUCUCCGGGUUUAUUGCAAAGAAGUUGAGUGGUAGAGUUUUGGGUGUGUUUUCACAAAUGAUGAGUAAACAUGUGAAUCCAGAUGAAGCAACUUUUGCAAGUGUUUUGAGGGCCUGUGGUGAUGGUGGCAAUGUUGCUAUUGAAUAUGUUAAGCAGGUUCAUGCUAUGAUUAUUUAUUAUGGUUUUGGUUCUAACACACAUGUUUGUAAUCGGUUAAUAGAUUUGUAUGCCAAAAAUGGGUUUGUGGAUCAUGCUAAAAAGAUUUUUGAUAACUUAGUUUUAAAGGAUAGUGUAUCUUGGGUGGCUAUGAUCUCUGGCUUUUCUCAAAAUGGACAUGAACAAGAUGCUAUUCAUCUAUUGUGCCACAUGCACAUAUCGGGAAUAUUACCUACACCUUAUGCUUUAUCCAGUGCUUUAAGUGCUUGCACUAAGAUAGAGCUUUAUGAGAAGGGAGAGAUGUUUCAUGCGCUUGUUUUCAAGUGGGGCUUUUCUUCUGAAACAUAUGUGUGUAAUGCUCUUGUGACAUUGUAUUCUCGUGCUGGGAAUUUUAUAUCUGCUGAACAAAUUUUUAGCAAAAUGCAGCAGAGGGAUAGUGUUUCAUAUAACUCUCUGAUCUCUGGGCUAGCACAGUGUGGAUUUAGUGAUAGAGCUUUGGAAUUGUUUGAGAAAAUGCAGCUUGACUAUUUGAAACCAGAUUGUGUCACUAUUGCAAGUCUCCUGAGUGCCUGUGCAUCAGUUGGGGCUCUAAAUAAAGGAGAGCAACUUCACUCUUAUGCAAUUAAAGUGGGGAUCUCUAAAGACAUUAUUGUUGAAGGUUCCUUGCUUGAUCUUUAUGUAAAAUGCUCUGGUGUAGAGAGUGCCUAUGAAUUUUUUCUCACAACAGAGAGGGAAAAUGUUGUUCUUUGGAAUGUGAUGCUGGUGGCUUACGGGCAUUUAGAUAACCUAAGUGAAUCUUUUAGGAUAUUCAGAGAGAUGCAGAUUGAAGGUGUACUGCCUAAUCAGUACACCUAUCCAAGCAUAUUGAGAACUUGUACCUCGCUAGGAGCUCUUGAUCUAGGAGAGCAGAUUCAUACUCAACUCAUAAAGACUGGCUUUCAGUUUAAUGUGUAUGUUUGUAGUGUGCUCAUUGAUAUGUAUGCUAAGAAUGGAAGGCUAAAUACUGCAGAUGGAAUUCUGAGAAGACUCUCUGAGGAUGAUGUUGUUUCCUGGACAGCUAUGAUUGUUGGCUACUUACAGCAUGAUAUGUUUGCUGAAGCACUAAAACUUUUUGAAGAAAUGCAGAACCAAGGGAUUCGAUCUGAUAACAUGGGAUUUUCAAGUGCAAUCAGUGCGUGUGCUGGUAUUCAAGCACUCAAUCAAGGACGACAAUUACAUGCUCAAUCCUAUGUCUCUGGUUUUUGGGAUGAUCUUUCUGUUGGAAACUCCCUUGUUAGUCUUUAUGCUAGAUGUGGUAGAGUCGAAGAAGCACUCUUAGCAUUUGAGAAAAUUGGUGCUAAAGAUAGUAUAUCAUGGAAUGGACUGAUUUCAGGAUUUGCGCAGAGUGGAUAUUGUGAGGAAGCGCUGAAUGUCUUUUCUCAGAUGAAUAGAAUGGGAGUAGAAAUUAAUAUGUACACAUUUGGUUCUGCAGUUAGUGCUGCCGCCAAUGUAGCAAAUAUAAAACAGGGAAAGCAAAUCCAUGCCAUGAUUAUAAAAACAGGUUAUGAUUCAGAAACUGAAGCUUCUAAUGCUUUAAUCACAUUGUAUUCAAAGUGUGGCAGCAUUGAUGAUGCCACGAGAGAGUUCCUUGAAAUGCCUGAAAAAAAUGAGGUUUCAUGGAAUGCUAUGAUCACAGGCUUUUCUCAACAUGGAUAUGGUAUAGAGGCAAUAGAUCUAUUCGAGAAGAUGAAACAGACAGAUGCAAUUCCGAACCAUGUGACCUUUGUGGGAGUGUUAUCGGCUUGUAGCCAUGUGGGUUUGGUUAAUGAAGGCCUUGGCUACUUUGAAUCCAUGAGGAAAGAAUAUCUCUUAGUGCCUAAACCUGAACAUUAUGCCUGUGUUGUUGAUCUCCUUGGUCGGGCAGGCCUCUUGGAGCGUGCUCAGGAAUUUAUAGAGAAGAUGCCAAUUGAUCCAGAUGCAAUGGUUUGGAGAACCCUUUUAAGUGCUUGUAGAGUUUAUAAGAAUCUGGAAAUUGGAGAGUUUGCUGCUCAUCAUCUUCUAAAAUUGGAACCUGGAGACUCUGCAACUUAUGUUCUUCUAUCAAAUAUAUAUGCAGUGGCUAAGAAAUGGGACUCUAGAGAUCAUAUGAGGCAAAUGAUGAAAGAUAGGGGUGUGAAGAAAGAGCCUGGCCAAAGCUGGAUUGAGGUUAAAAAUUCAAUUCAUGCAUUCUUUGUUGGGGAUCGCCUCCACCCACUAGCGGAUAAAAUAUACGACUUUUUGGAAAACCUGAAUGAAAGGGCAGCCAAAAUUGGUUAUGUGCAAGAGCGUUAUAGCCUUUGGAGUGAGAUAGAGCAAGAGCAGAAGGAUCCAACUGUAUAUAUUCACAGUGAGAAACUGGCUAUUACUUUUGGUCUUCUUAGUUUGUCUAAUACGAUUCCUGUACGUGUCAUUAAAAAUCUUCGUGUAUGUAAUGAUUGCCAUAAUUGGAUUAAAUAUGUUUCAAAAAUAUCAAAUCGGACUAUUGUGGUACGAGAUGCCUACCGCUUUCAUCAUUUUGAAGCUGGUGUUUGUUCAUGUCGAGAUUAUUGGUAAAUGAAAGUCCAUGUGGUGAUUGAGAACAAAAAAGUAUUGAUGUCAUGAGACUGGGAAAUUCUCUUCAAGCUCAGACGAGGAGAGUCUGCCUUCUGCUGAAUUCACCUUUUGGAAGAUUAUGUUGCAGAAGAUGUUUCUUUCAAGAUUCUGUAACACGUUAAAGAAUUUUGUGGCUCUGGCUAUGCUGACUUGGCAAUUUGACUAGGUUGAUUCUUCUUUAUUUCUGCAGUUUCAAGAAGGAACGUUGGAUCGACUGUUAACUUAGAUGGUGAGCUGGAUCUGUCCCAAGUAUUUUGCUGCCGUCAUUAUGAGAAUAAGGGAACCAAAAACCACAGCUUUGCUUUUCGCUUCUGGAAAGCUUUUAUUUACAUCGAGGAGCUUAAAGGCGCAAAUCUCAUGGGGAGUGCCUACUGGGAUGAUUUAGCUCUCAGGUUUGUUGAAUACUUACGGUUUUAAGGUCCACCGAUAGUCCCCACUUUUGAACUCAAUGCAAGCAGCCAAGGAUUUCUGUUAUCUAACAAAAAAUUAGUCAAACGCCACCCGUGUUUGCACUGGUGCAAAGAGUGAACAGAAGUCAAAACUAGCAGCAAGAAAUGUAUGUAUCGGCCUGUGAAAUGCUUGUAACUAUUAACAAUAUCCAUGAUCCUAGUUGCAGAUGUGAUAGAUAUAAAACAAAAUACCAACACAUAUAGAAGAUAAAACAACUUACACAUUAUCCUAGCAUGUGUAAACAAUUCAUAUGUUCAAAUAUGAGUUUUCAUACAUUUAUACCGACAAGAUGGUUGAUUGUAGAACACCAACUCUAACAUUGGAAACAAGAGCACCCUUUACAUUACAAGCUGGAAACUUUAAGGUUAAUACAAGCUCACAGGAAAAGGCCCUGUCAGGUUUCUUAAGUCUGCCACCAGAGUGUACUUUUCCUUCUUUCGGUGAGAAGAAACAGAGAGACAGUUAAAUGUGGAGGCAAGUUUUAAUGUGAGCGAUGAAGGGAUUCAUGAUGAAAGUGCAGAGUAUGACAGUGAUUUUGAGAGUGAUGAUUUGGCUUGCUUUAGAGGCCUAGUUUUUGGAUAUCUCCUUUAGGCAAGUUGUGUAUAACUCGGUGUCUUUGUCAAUUUUUCAUUCUGUUUUGAUUGUUUAAUGAUAAUUUGUAGUUGUUUGUUUUAAUGAUAAUGUUUUUAUUUUACC